GAAGUUUGCAUUUUUUGGCGCAACUUUUCAGGAGAUUGAAAAUAUGGAAGAAAGAGUCAGAGAGAGAAGGGAAGUGACAGAGAAACUAAAAUGGAGAGUUCUUAGGAGAUUUGAGGGAAGUGGAAAGAAUGGUGUCACCUCAUCUAAUCUGGUCCGACCAAGUUCAUACCUCCGGCAAAUAGUGUUUCAGAGAAACCUGGCAAAUAGUGUUUUAGAGCAAUCUAGAAGAAGAAAUGGAAAAUGACAAGGGGUCAGAGUAUGGGCCCUUGUAUUUCGAACUAAACACGGGAGCCAAGAUGCCCUCCGUCGGAUUGGGCACUUGGAAAGCUCCCCCUGGUGUCGUUGGAGAUGCAGUCAUUGCUGCUGUCAAGGCUGGUUAUAGACAUAUUGAUUGUGCACGUGUCUACGACAAUGAGAAGGAGGUUGGGGUGGCUUUGAAGGAAUUAUUCUCCACCAAUGUAGUGAAACGUAGUGAGAUUUGGAUCACAUCCAAGCUAUGGUGUAGUGACCAUGCACCAGAGGAUGUCUCCAAGGCAUUGAGCAAGACAUUAGAAGACCUGCAACUAGACUAUGUCGACCUAUAUCUUAUGCAUUGGCCAUUUCGGACAAAGCCUGGGUCACGUGGGUUUGCCCCAGAAAUCAUGGCUCCAUUGUGUCUUCCAGAGACAUGGAGUGCUAUGGAAGGCUUGUUUGCAUCAGGUCAAGCACGGGCUAUUGGAGUGAGCAACUUCUCAACUAAGAAGCUGGAAAACCUACUUGCAUUUGCGAAGGUGACACCAUCCGUGAACCAGGUGGAAUGUCAUCCAGAGUGGCAGCAGCCUGCCUUACACAACAUAUGCAAGUCUACAGGCGUCCAUCUCUCGGCCUAUUCUCCUUUGGGCUCACCUGGGUCUUGGGUUAAAGGUGAGACCUUGAAGGAUUCUACACUAAUUGAGAUUGCUAAGAAACUUAACAAAUCACCUGCACAAGUAGCUCUCCGUUGGGGUAUUCAAAGCGGUCAUAGUGUCCUCCCAAAGAGUGUAAAUGAGUCCCGAAUCAAGGAGAACCUUAGUUUAUUUGACUGGUGCAUCCCUCAAGAUCUCUUCUCCAAGAUCUCCAGUAUCCAUCAGCGAAGGCUUCUACGAGGAGAAUUUGCAGUCCAUGAAACAUUAAGUCCGUAUAAAAGCCUCCAAGAACUAUGGGAUGGUGAAAUAUGAAAUUUUAUUGCAUUCACAGAAUAUAACUGGAAGUUUCUGGCUUUUUUUUUCAAAGAAUUAUUUGGUUUCAACUGUAGUUUCUUUAGUCUGGAUGAUUUCUCUUUCCAUGUGGAAGUCACUUGUAGUCUUGACUUUCUAUGCUGUCUCUUAUAAUAGUGAAAGCGUCAUAAAGAUAUGUUGAUGAUAACCUUCAUUCAGCCAA